AUGGCAGAGUCGGCAAAGUUUAUCGCUGCAAUUUCCCAAGAAUUCAUAAGGUAUGAACCCCAAAAGUCGUGUACUCUAUUGGUUGGAGCUGCAAAGGUUCAUGCUCAUGGCGACGACUUUUCUGGUCUUGGUGAUUUCUUGGCAGAGAUUACAACGUUACGUGAAGCUGAUCACCCGAAUGUGAUUAAACUUCUCGGCAAACACUACGGCGUGCAAAACACUGCCCUUGUCUACCAAUUCAUGCCUAAUGGCUCUCUUGACCACCAUCUCUUUGCAAAUGCGAGGCAAGUUCAGGGUCUAACACAAGAAACUCGGGUUUUGGAUUGGGACACGAGGAUGAGAAUUGCUGUGGGUGUAGCCGAAGGUCUGGUUUACGUACACCAGGGGCUUUCCUCGAUUCACAGAGAUGUCAAUGCCACAAACAUUGUGCUUGAUGACAAUUUUGUCCCGAAGCUGACUGGUUUUGGAACCGCGGUUAAUAUCGCUUACGAUGAAGAUGGUGUUGAGAUGCAGAUGGAGGUCAGUAAGAAUGGAACUGACGGAUACCUCGCACCGGAAACAGAGAACUUCGGGUUGGUUUCGACCAAGUCCGAUGUCUAUAGCUAUGGAGUUUUUCUGUUAGAGCUUUUCACCGGAUGGAAAGCUUAUGAUCGGGAGAGACCUGAAGCGAAUAAGAAACUCACUGAUAUGUUAAUGCCACUGUUGAGUCUGAUGACUAGAUUGGAGCAAUCGCCUAUUGUAGUUGAUGUUGCGCUCGGUAAGAAGUACUCGGCUCAAGGUUCAAACAGAAUAUUUGAAACUGCGAGGAUGUGUUUAAACGCGCAGCCAUUUGAACGGCCUGCAAUGGAUUCUGUGGAAACAUCGGUUCGUGAAGCUGCAGCUUACCUGGUCCCAGAGGAGAAGCCCCAGGUGAAAGAUAGACGUUGUUCGACAUAA